AUGGCGGCGCUCCGGCUCCUCACCGCGGGGCUGCGGCUUGGCGUUUUUGGCGUCUGCUCCGGGGGAGCCCGGAUCGGCCCCGCUCUGUCCAAAGAUUGUGCUCGCUGCUUCUCCAUCAGCCCCCGCCACCAGGCCAAAUUCUACAAAGACGCAGUGGAGGCCGUCAAGGACAUCCCUCAUGACGCCACCGUCCUGAUGGGUGGGUUCGGGCUCUGUGGGAUCCCAGAGAACCUGAUCCAGGCCUUGCUGAAGACCGGCGUGAAAGGGCUCACCGUGGUCAGCAACACCGUUGGCGUGGAUGACUUCGGGCUGGGCCUCUUACUGGCGACCAAGCAGAUCAAACGCAUUGUCUGCUCCUAUGUUGGGGAGAACGCCAUCUGUGAACACCAGUAUUUGUCUGGGGAGCUGGAGCUGGAGCUGACGCCCCAGGGCACGCUGGCAGAGAGGAUCCGCGCGGGGGGCGCUGGGGUGCCUGCCUUUUACACCAGCACUGGUUAUGGGACGCUGGUCCAGGAAGGAGGUGCACCCAUCAGGUACUACAACGAUGGCCACCUUGCCGUCAUCAGUAAGCCCAGAGAGGUGAGGGAGUUUCAGGGCCACCAUUAUCUUCUGGAGGAAGCAAUCACAGGAGAUUUUGCCUUGGUGAAAGGAUGGAAGGCCGACCGCUCAGGAAACGUUAUCUUCAGGAAAAGCGCAAUGAAUUUCAACGUGCCUAUUUGCAAAGCUGCAGAAAUCACAGUGGUAGAAGUGGAAGAAAUUGUGGACGUUGGAACAUUCCCCCCAGAAGAUAUCCAUGUUCCUAACAUUUAUGUAGACCGCUUGAUAAAAGGAGAAAAGUAUGAGAAGAGAAUUGAACACUUAGCAGUCCAGGAAGAGGGAGACAGACACACCAUAGAUAAAGAUGACCAGAGGACUCGCAUAAUCAAACGGGCAGCUCUGGAAUUUGAGGAUGGCAUGUAUGCUAAUUUGGGCAUAGGGAUCCCUCUCCUGGCCAGCAACUUCAUUAGCCCGAAUAUGACUGUUCAUCUUCAGAGUGAAAAUGGAAUCCUGGGCUUGGGACCAUUUCCAUCACAAAGCGAGGUGGAUGCAGAUCUUAUCAAUGCCGGCAAGCAAACAGUCACUGUUCUUCCUGGUGCCUCUUUCUUCUCCAGCGAUGAGUCAUUUGCAAUGAUCAGGGGGGGACACCUCAGUCUGACAAUGCUAGGAGGAAUGCAGGUUUCUAAAUAUGGUGAUCUGGCUAACUGGAUGAUUCCUGGGAAGAAAGUGAAAGGAAUGGGAGGUGCCAUGGAUUUAGUGUCCAGUCCCAAAACCAGAGUGGUGGUCACCAUGCAGCAUUGUUCAAAGGCAAAUGAACCCAAAAUCUUAGACAAGUGUACGAUGCCACUGACUGGGAAGCGCUGUGUGAACUGAAUCAUCACGGAAAGGGCCGUGUUCAUUGUGGACCCAAAGAGAGGACUGACACUGAUUGAGCUCUGGGAAGGCUUGACAGUGGAUGACAUCAAAAAGUGCACAGGGUGUGCCUUCGCAGUCUCACCGGACCUCAAGCCAAUGCAGCAAAUUAGAAUGUAA